CUCAUAAUGUUUUCGUUGCUGGUUUGUUUUUUGGUAUUCGGUGCCACUAGUGCCACUAGUGCUACUGGUGUCAUCCAUAGACCAAGCUAUUUGGUGCCUUGUUCUAAAAGAGGCAAUUUUAGCGAAUGUGCAAUGAAGCAUGCCGUAGCAGCCAUACCAUUUAUGCUUAAAGGCGACAGAAGAUUAGGAUUGCCUACGUUUACCCCGUUGAAGAUAUCCAAGAUUGAAGUAAAAGGCACCAACGGUUUCAGAGUACUUUUAAAAGAUCUAAACGUAUAUGGAUUGGAAAAUGUAAAACCUUUAAACAUAAAGGUCGACUUUGAAAAUCGAAGGGCACAAGUUCUAAGCACAGUUCCAAAGCUUGUUGUUUUAGGUGACUAUGAGGUUGGUGGAAAUAUAAUGAUAUUUGCUUUAAAUGGACACGGACCUGUCAAUUUAACAUUUACCAAUGGUAUCUAUGAGUAUGGAUUUGAAUGGAAAACAGAGAUAAGAGAUGGCUUGGAAUAUGGUCAAAUAACUAACAGCAAUUUUGAUUAUAACCUAAAAUCUGUAAAAUACAAUUUCGACAAUAUUAUUAAUAAUGAUAAAGCAUUAAGUGAACAGGUAAACAAAAUUCUCAACUUAAAUUGGGAAAUCGUCAACGAAGAUAUAAAACCAUCUAUUUGCGACACCCUUUUAUUUAUCCACAAUGAAAUGUUUAAGAAGAUUUUCACCCAAGUGCCGUUUAGAGAACUGUUUUUAGAUUAA